UGAUCAUAUCAUUAAUUCUCUACAGUCCAAAAAAAAAAAAAACUUAUAGAGAGAGAGAGAGAAAGAUGACGAAUUACGGCACUAUUCCGACGUCUUCUUCUCCGGCGGGUGGUCAGAAUCUGGAAUACAUAUCUCGAGCAAAGCAAAGGAUUAAGGAAGGACUCGACGAUCGACGUCCAUGGAAGGAAUUUUUCGAUUACCAUUCGAUCCGUAUUCCCUCCAACGUCAACGAUGCAAUCGGAAGGAUCAAAACCAACAUAGCUUAUUUCCGUAUGAACUACGCUAUUACAGUUCUUGUUAUCCUCUUUCUCAGUCUUUUAUGGCAUCCAAUCUCUCUUAUUGUCUUCACUGUCCUCAUGGCUGUCUGGAUGUUCCUCUAUUUCCUUCGAGAUGAACCGCUUGCGCUUUUUAAUCGUACUAUUGAUGAUUGGUGGGUACUUGUGGCUCUCUCAAUCGUCACGAUUGUGCUUUUAUUGUUGACUAAUGCCACAUCAAACAUAUUGAUUUCUCUGGCGAUUGGGUUUGUCGUGGUUGUGGUUCAUGCUGUUGUUAGGAAUACUGAGAAUUUGUUUUUGGAUGAUGAUGAUGAACAGGGUGCAGGAACUGCUCAUUUCUUGACUAGAAAAUAGCCUUCUUCUUCUUCUUCUUCUGGUUGAGUAUGUUUAGUUGAAAAUGGUCAUAUCAUAAUUCUUUGCUAUUUAUUUAUAAUGUGUUUGAUUGAUUGUUUGUUUGUAAUGUUGUGUUAUGUUUGUUGAUUGAGUGAGUGUCAUUAAUUGUUCAAUUAUAUCUACAUUUUGUUGUGUUAUCCAUUCAUAUUCAUGUU